AUGUGCUUGGGCUCUUGCAGGAGACGCCUUUCAUCUGCGGGCUUGGUGGCACUGCUAGCGUGGGGCUCGUCAGAAGUUUUUCUGGCUCCCCGACAAGCGCCGACGAAGGAUCAAGUUGCAGUGGAUGUCGACAAGGUUUCCAUCGAGGAACUCCUUCCAGCCCUUCCCAUGGAGUCGCGGCGAGCGCUCCUGGAGCAUCAAAUUCACACACCCAGCCCCAUACAGGCGCUGGCCCUGCCACAUAUCAGCUCAGGGAAGCAUGCAGUUCUGAUCUCGGAGACAGGUUCCGGAAAGACUCUGGCGUACUUGUUGCCAGCGCUGCAGAGGGCGCGCGACGCCGACGAGGACGACGAUGGAUCAAGCACAGGGCCCAGCUCUGUGAUGAUCGUCACGCCGACGAGGGAGCUGGCAGUCCAGACUCUCGCCGAGGCUGAGGAGCAUUGCCAAGGCAUCUUGGCACUGGCAACUCUUUCCGCGCGAGCUUCCUGGUGGAACCUGAUGGAUGCCUCUGUCAUCGUUGCGACGCCAGCUGAUCUGUUGAACAUCUUCGAUAAUGAAGAUGCCGAGGAGGUCAAAGAUCUACUUGGCCGUGUAGAGGUUUUCGUCAUGGAUGAAUUGGAUGAGCUCUUGCCAAAGCGCAAGUACACAGGAAGGAAGCUGGCCAGGUACCAAGAUCCUGGGAUGUGGCCAGCAGAAGGGCUUGCCAAGCGCCUGAUGAGGAAUAAUGAGCGAGAGACGCUCCAAGUGGUAGCGGCCUCCGCCACUGCCUAUCGCUCAAGCCGGUUGAGGCUAGAGAAGGUGCUAAAGCGGGACAAGCUCAAUCGCUUUCCGAUACCCUUACCGAGACUGGAUCCACAGCGCAGCUCUGCUGCCAGCCUCGAGGCUGCAGCAAGGGCACGAAGUGUUGUCGAGGACGAAGAGUCUGAGGAGCGCCGAGCGCUGGAAGAGGAGGCCCACGAGAAGCAAACGUAUCGGGCGCUUCCAGCUGGCAUCCAGCAUUUCACUUGGAAGGUCCCGCUCAGUGGCAGCCACGCAGCUGCGCUGAGUGCCGCUUUGGAUCUGUUGCGGCCGCAGGCGGCCCUGGUGUUCGUUUGUCCCAAUGCCGGGGAGACAGUGAAAAGCGUGGUGCAGGAUCUUCAGACAGCCGGCUGGUCGGGUGCAGAUGCGCUCACUCGAUUGCUGUUCCCCGACUCGCGAACCGUGUCAGGCAAGUCCUCGACGCAGCGGGGCGAGGCCAAGGGCUGGCGAAGUGCCAAUAGGCUCUUGGACGUGCGGGACGUUACGAGGCGAGGAUACAUCGAAGAAGGUGACUUCUAUCGUGAGGCGCCGAUCUUUGUAAGCGCCGAGGAGUCCGUGAGAGGCCUCCACCUCGAUGCCGUGGAGGCUGUGUUCAUUCUGGGCCUACCGAAGACGGGAGCAUCGUAUGUUCACAUGGCCGGGCGAACGGGGCGCCUACCGCACCCGCGUGGAAGAGCUGUGCUGGUGGCCCACGGUCGUGAGUUGAUGAAAGUGACGAGGGGUUUCCUCACAGAGACGGGCAUCCGGAAGUGGGAACCUCUGGGCUGGGGCAGCCCAUCUCUGUCAGAUAUGGCAAGCAUGGCAGACCCUGGAAGCAGGAACGUGAAAACGUGGGUGGACGACCUCUACUCUGUGGAGGAGAAGAAAGCACAAAGAAGUGAGGCCGCAGCACGUCUGGAUGCUGCACUUGGCGGGCCAGUGCGGCGUCUGCGAAAACGGACUUAG